UAUAACCUAAUUUUUUCUAGAAGUUUAUUAUUGUUCUGUGAUUAUUGUUUUUUUUUAAUUUGAAUAAUUCUGGCAAUGGCCUGUUAUAGCUGACUGCUAGAGUCUGUAACAGUAAGGCAUAUUACAUAACUCUAGUACGCUAGCCUUUUGUAAAUAACCAGCCCCAACAAAGCUAAACUAAGAAAUGACAUAUAUUUUCCUAAAAAUUUACCAUGAAGAAAUAUCAACGUCUCCUUUUAAUUAUCAUUUCAAUAGUUAGUCUUGGCUUGUUUCUUGCCUAUAGGCAUCAGUACAAUCGAUUGCAUCAUGUUUUGGAAGUGUUUAAUUUUUUCGGAACACCCUGUAAUAUUUCAGAGCUUCAGAAUAGUGAGAGGGUUCAACUUGAGUAUGAUUGGGGACCCUUAUCAAUAUGGCAAGAAGUUGAUUCACGAUGGUACAUUUACAAUGCUUUUUUAGUUAAGGAAAACAUAAUUAAUGGAAUUACUUUAAAAGAAAACACAAAGACUUUUCCAAAUAUGUGCUAUAUAUUGUAUGAGAAUGAAGGUAAAUUUAAAACUGGAAAACUAAGUGUACAGAAACUAUUUGAGAAUAAUAAUAGUAAUAUGGUGGCAUUUAUGUAUUCCUGUAAAUUAUCUAUGACAUCAAAAGAACCUUAUUUAGUAGCAUUCAAAGUACAAUCAGAAUAUAGGUAUAAUUCAGUUCUUGUUACAAAUUCAUUAACAAGUAAACAAAGUUUAAAUAUGACAAUUUGUGUUGCGGUACGCAAAUUUACAAAGAAAGCAUUAUUUGAAUUUUUAAGUUUUCACAAGUUGAAUGGUGCUGAUAGCUUUCUCAUUUACCUUGAGCAAAAUAUUCCUUAUGGGUUAAUAAAACUAUUGAGAAAUUUUGCUAAUCCAUUGAAUUUAUUAAUCACUUUUUUGAAUUGGAAUGUGCCUUCAUCUAUUUCAGAAAACUUAUCAAGUGCUUUAAUGGAAAAAGAUUGCCAGAUGAGAACUAAGACUCACAGUAAAUUUUCUAUCUUUUUACAUUUAAAUGAAUACAUGUUACCAUUAUCUCCAGGCAUUAUUCAGAAUAGUAGCGCAGAUAUACUGGCCAUAAAGACAUUUUGUUUGAACCAUAUUAAUAAGAAUAGACCUAUAAUAUUAAGUAAUUUUGAAGCUGUUGAUAAUGUUAAAUUUAAUGAAACAAGAAAAAUAUAUAAAAACACUCAAAAUCAGUCUUCUGUAUGUGCUACUCAUUUUUGUACUAUAUUUAGAUAUAAAAAGUGUCCCAAGAAUGUUAAAACUAGAACUGACACCUCAAUGAAAGCCUUUUCUGAAGAUUUAACUAAAUCUACUUUAAUACAACUUUUAAUGAACGAUGAUGUUUGAAUUUAUAAGUGUACAUUUUGUAUAUUAAAUGUGUGGUUGACAAUUUAGUUAUAUGUAAUAACUCUAUAUCAUUGUAGUACGUUUUUUGUUCCUUUUUAUCAUUCCAUAAUUUUUCUACAUUACGUAAAAAGGCAUUAAGUUAAAUGUUUACAGCCAGCUUUAGUUAUACUGAAAUAACCCUGUAUUUUCAACCAAAUUAUAUAGCUUAUUUAUUCAUUAGAGUGAGCGUAUUUUAAGAAAAAAACAGGAGCGUCAUCAAUAUUUUGCCGGUGAACGCCUCCUCGACGUUAGAUAAUGCCGCGCGAUAUAAUUCGAAAUAUUAUCUUAUAGCGUAGAAUAACAAUAUCUAAAGUCGCGCUCAUGGAUCACCAAGGUCCAUAGAUCAUUAAGGUAGUGUCCUAGGACCACUACUCUAUGUCCUUUAUACAGCAGACUUUCCCACAAACGAUACCAACAGCUAUUUUUGCAGAUGACAGUAAUUAUGGCUGUCGACAAAAAGCCUGAAACAGCUUCCAUGUUAUUACAAAGACAUCUAAAUGUAAUAGAAGCAUCUCUCGUGUGAAUCGAAUUGAAAAUAAAAGACUUAUAUUGGUUAAUAGGAAGAAGAUAUUAUACACCUAUCGCUAGAGAAUAAACUUCUUGCAGUCACUGAUGACGCUCCUACCUCCUUGAAAUGCGCCCACUUUAAGUCCAUAAUCCCAAUAUCUUAGCAAUGAGUCAAUGGAAAAUUGGCAUAAUUCGGAAUCCCUAGUAAAACGUAACAGUUGUAAUAAAAUUUUCUUUUUGAAUAAAUUCACAUAAGAUAAAAAAAGAUUCUACUUGAAUAGUAAUCCAUUGAGAAAUGUGUUGCCUUGGACUUUAAAAUCCAUUUGUUUUUCAAUAAAAAUGAAUAGUGAUUUGCAAAUAUUUUAUAAAUGCUAUUCUUAGAAGAGUGUUAUUAGUUAUUAGUCCUUUUUAUAUAAAAUAUAUU